UAGUUUUUGAGUAACCAGACGACUUCAACCGGACACGAAGACCGAACGAAUGAUGUCUUAGUGCAGUGCUGUGACGAGGAUUCAGCACGUUUGGUACAAUUUCAGGACUUUUGUGCAGCAAGUGGAAGCGCGUGUGGUUACGGUUGAACGAGUGUCGUCCAUAGAUAUGAAGGAACGCCAGCAAAGGACGAGAAGGAACUUUCUGGAUCGAAAGAGGAGGACGAGCGACAACGUCCACUUGUGGACGCUGUUCGCAUGCAGCCUCGUGUUGCGUUACACAGAGCAGACAUCACCGAAGAUCUUCGUCCUGAGCGGCAGGAGCCAGAGCCCCCUCACAUUAAUGAGGAAGUUGAGGACAAAGAGGUCCACCACAUCAAAGAGGAAGAGGAGCCCAUUUUGAUCAAAAAAGAAGAGGAAGACGCAUGCCCCCACGUCAAGGAGGAAGAGGAGGCGGAUAUCACCAAGUUUCCAUCGACCGGUGUCCCCUUGAAGAGUGAAGCUGAAGGUCAAAGUGACGAGAGCAGAGAGGCGGAGCCUCAAAGCAGCAGCUCAAGUCAACACAUGACAACAGAAGGGGAUGGAGACCACUGUGGAGAAUCACAAGCAGACGGCCUCAUAGCUCCUCUAUCCGACAGUGACGACAUGACAUCAGACUCUCCUUACACUAAUGAUGUUGAUGGACAGAUUGAAGGUGAUAUGACAUGUGACAAUGACAGCAAACGAUUGAAAUGUUCUCAGUGUGGCAAAACCUUUGCUCGUAAGGGUCAUUUGAAACAACACAUAAGAACGCACACUGGAGAGAAACCUUUUUCCUGCUCAGAUUGUGGUCAACGUUUCUCUGAAAAGGGAAGCUUAAAAAAACACACUAGAUUACACACUGGUGAGAAACCUUUUUUCUGCUUAGUUUGUGGUCAGAAAUUCUCUGUGAAGGGAAACUUAAAAAUACACACAAGAACGCAUACUGGUGAGAAACCUUUUUCCUGCUCAGAUUGUGGCCAAAGAUUCUCUGAAAAGGGAAACUUAAAAAAACACACAAGAACACACACUGGUGAGAAACCUUAUUCCUGCACAAUUUGUGGUCAAAGAUUCACGCAGAAGGGACACUUAAAAUUACACACAAGAACCCACGCUGGCGAGAAACCUUUUUCCUGCUCAAUUUGUGGUCAAAGAUUCUCUGUGAAGGAAAACUUGAAAAUACACACAAGAACGCACACUGGCGAGAAACCUUUUUCCUGCUCAAUUUGUGGUCAAAGAUUCUCUGUGAAGGAACACUUGAAAAUACAUACAAGAACGCACACUGGUGAGAAACCUUUUUCCUGCUUAGAUUGUGGCCAAAGAUUCUCUGUGAAGGGAACCUUAAAAAAACACACAAGAGCACACACUGGUGAGAAACCUUUUGUCUGCUUAGACUGUGGCCAAAGAUUCUCUGUGAAGGAAAACUUAAAAAGACACACAAGAGCACACACUGGUGAGAAGCCUUUUUCCUGCUCGGUUUGUGGCCAAAGAUUCUCUUAUAAGUAUCAGGUUAAGACACACAAGUGUACUGGUGAGAAUAGUAGUCAUUAAGAAGCUUUGAAUGCAAAUGUAAAUGUUUAAAAAAAGUAAUUACUAUGUUACUGACUUACAAAAAUCUAUAUUCUUGUAUUCUGUGUACCAGCUUUUAUUGUACCUAUCUCUUGUCCAUAUAUUUCCAAAAAGCCUCGCGAGUGUUAAGAAUUAACAUUGGUGCCAAAAUACUUUAAAGGGACUACUUAAAGGUGAGAACAUGGGCACUUAUUCCAUAGUGCUGGACUCAAAAAUGUCUCGAGAAUAAAAGCCCUCCAAAAUACACUCAGUUGUCAUUUUAGAAUCAUUUACUGAAUGAUAAAAUUUUCAGCCAGAUUUUGGCCCGCCCACAUUUCGGACAUGUCAGCCUGUUACAGCCUGACACAUAACGAGCAGGAGCUGAUUACACUUCCUCAUUCAACGUACGUCAGCUCAAUUUUGAAUUGAUUGCACCACAAAUGUAUAUGUGUGUAUGUAUGUAGAGAUCACCAAGGCGUUUCUGUAGGUGGCAUUGUGUGACAGACCGGCUGGCUGACCCAUGACGAGGGUUUUCCGGCCGAAUGCGUUAUGUCGCUGAAUGUCCCGAAACUGCAGCUGAUCUGAUUUGAUCUUAUCUGAUCCAUAUAAUCUAAAAUAUUGGGCCUGAUUGUUGAAAUAUUUUCAGAGGGUGCCAUGAAUAGAGAUGUCCGCGUAAAUUUUGGUGAUGAUUGUUGACAGACGUUUUUAUUGGGUUCGUGCAUGAGGCUUGCAAGGAUGUGGCACUCUCCCGCUGUGGUUGUAAAAUUUUAAUGAUGACACCCUAA